CAGCCCCCUUUGUCUGACGUCACAAGCCCUGCUCUCCCUGUGGCCCCGCCCCUCCGGAGAAGCUGUACCUGCGGAAGGUGGUGAUGAUGGCAGCAGAAGCAGCGGGGAAGAUGCAGGUCCCGAGGCGGGGCUGAGAUCCGGGCUCCUUUCCCACGUUCAGAACCCCGUGGCGGCACAAGAUCCGAUGCUCCCAGCGCCAUGCUCCGCAGAUUCCUGGAUCGGCCCUGCACCUUGGCACUCCUGAUCGGUUUCCAGUUUCUCUUCAUGGCCUACUUUUCCUUCGGCGGCUUCCGCAACCUGGCGUCCAUCUUCGGCCGCGACACCAGCCCUUCCUUCGACUAUUCCCGCCGGCACGAUGUCUACACCAACCUCAGCCUGGUCUUCCAGUUGCCGGCUCGUCCCAGCACCAGCAGACCCUUGCCGUUCUGCCCCGAUCGGUCGCCGUACCUGAUUGGUCCUUUGAUCGUGAGUUUCAGCCAGGUGCCCACACUGAAACAGAUCCAGGAGAAAAACCCGGCGGUCAAAUUAGGUGGCAGGUACCAUCCUUUCAACUGUGAGUCCCGUUCCCGCACGGCCAUCAUCAUCCCCCACCGCAACCGAGAGACUCACCUGAGACACCUGUUGUACUACCUGCACCCUUUCCUCCAGCGCCAACAGCUCCAUUACGGAAUUUAUAUCGUGCACCAGGCCGGGAACGCUACGUUUAACCGGGCCAAACUUCUCAACGUCGGGGUGAAGGAAGCGCUGAAGGACGAAGAGUGGAACUGCCUUUUCCUUCACGACGUGGACCUCAUCCCCGAGAACGACCACAAUCUCUACGUUUGCGACCGCUGGAACCCGAAACACGUCUCCGUGGCCAUGAAUAAAUUCAAAUACAAGCUCCCGUAUUUCCAAUAUUUUGGUGGGGUUUCGGCCUUGACCCCAGACCAGUAUAUGAAGAUUAAUGGUUUCCCGAACCAGUACUGGGGCUGGGGGGGUGAGGACGACGACAUCGCCAUGAGGGUGCGCUUCCGAGGGAUGAAGAUUUUACGGCCUCCGGUGUCCGUUGGCCAUUAUAAAAUGGUGAAACACGAGGGCGACCAAGGCAAUGAGCAGAAUCCACACAGGUUCGAUCUACUGAUUCGGACGUACCGUUCGUGGAGCCAGGACGGCAUGAAUUCCCUCUCCUACAAGCUCCUGUCCAAAGAGCUGUUGCCGCUUUACACCAACAUCACCGCCGAUAUCGGCACCAACCCUCAGGCCACCAAGAUCGGAAAGGGCUCCCUGUCCGACUUCGGCGGGAGGGAUUAUCCGCGAGACAGCAAUCACGAUUUCCGCCAGGAGAUGUUGCGGAAGACUCCCUUUGCCAAGCUCUCCCAAGCCAUGGGAUGGAAGGACCCCCCUCCAGAGACAGAUAAAAAGGGGGAGAGACCCACCCCGAGCUCAGAAACCGCCAAACCGAGCUCCGGAGCUGAAAAGAAUGAGAAAGGCUCUGCGGCUUUGACCUACAACGAGAUGGACACUACCCUCGAAACGUUCAACGACACCGUCUCCAGCCCAGGAAUCCCCAAACGAGUUUUCGAGGAUCGCGAGAAGGAGACAGUCCAACCCGUACGAGUAGGUCUAUCUUCGCCGCGACCUUCAUCCGGACAUGCCAUGCAGAGCUUGGCUCUCCGACCCGACUCUACAAAUCGCACCGAUGCUAGAAACGCAGAUUAAAAGAACGAGAUGAUACCCAGAUCGUCCACGAGAGGUCAAAAUUUAGAAUUAUUCUCUCGUCCCUGCUCGUCCGUCGGUGUUCUCACCGGGCCAACAGAGCACAAGGGCCGGACGGAGGGUAGAGCGGACAAAUAAAGGGGCAAGUGAACAGGGCAGGUAGGACGGCGCCGGGAAUCCUUUCGAGAAUUUGGUUCCCGUAUCCGCGGGUGCCGGUUGAUUCUUGAAUCUUACCAAGGGCCCGUAUUUCUAUCUCGCGCUUCGUAGGACUGGAUUCCCGCUCGAAGGCGACUGGAAACACAGGAAGGAUCAGCUUGGGAAAGGGGCCACUUCUCGUGUCCGAGAUUUCUGUGGAUGGAUAUUUUGGGGGGGGGGGGGGGGGAAGGGGGGGAAUUCUACAGCUUCGGUGAAGAGCGGUCCGAUUAAAGUCCUCCGGCCCUCACCGUCCACUUCGCACCUUUUUUUAAAAAAAGGGGGAAGGGCUGAGCCUUGCUUCCCCCAACCCCCCCCAGUGCCAGGAAACUUGAACUCGCUUUGCCAGACUUCUCAACUUUUGUGAAAUAGAAUUUGGGAUGGGGGAAAGGGGAUCUUCUCCCACCCCAGCUGUGCCCCCCCUCCCCCCACGCGAUCCAGCCCGGGAUCAAGGAACGGAGGAGGGGGAUUUUCUGAUGAAAGAGCCUCCUGGGGCACUCCGCUUCUUCUCGGGGGGGGGGGGCAGGAAAAUCUCCCCUCUCCCCGGAUUGAAGGAGAAACAGUCUGGAAGUUGAAGCUACGCUUGCUGUCCUUCGAGCCGUUUGCUCGUACAAUCAUCAUCUUCUCCUUCUCCUCUUCCUCCUCUUUUUCUUUCUCUUCUCCAACUUUUUUUGUCUUCUUCCUCUCUUCCUCCUCCUCUCCAUCUUUUUUCUUUUUCUCUUCUCCAUCUUUCUCCUUCUUUUUCUUCCCUUCUUCUCGUUUUCAUCUCCUCCGUCUUUUUUUCUCCUCCUCCUCCUCCUUCAUUUCUUCUCCUUUCUUCAUCUCUUCCCCGUCUCUUUUUCUUCUCCUCUUCCUUUUCCUUCCUCAUCUCUUCUUUGCCGUAUUUUUCUUUUCUUCUUCUUCUUCUUCUUCCCUUUUCUCUCCUGCUCCUCCUUUUUUUCUUCCUCCUUUUUCCCCCCCCAUCUCUUUCCCUUUGAAAUUUUAAACUCUUUAAUAAACUAUGGAAGCCGA